AGAGAGAGAGAGAGAGAGAGAGAGAGAGACCCGCGCUGUAGAACCGGGCCGGAGCGCAGUGAGCGACAUCAUGUCGGUGACCGAGGUGUACGCGUGCGCGCGGCCGUUCAAGCUGAUCGCGCUGCUCUGCGUGUUCCUCGCGCUGUGUUUGGACGUCGUGGCGCUCGUGAGUCCCGCGUGGGUGACGGCGGAGGGCUACGCGCUGUCCCUGUGGGAGUCCUGCAGCGACAACGGGGCCGUGUGGACCUGCGCGUCCACCCUCACAUCCGAUUGGCAGAUCGCUACGUUGGUGUUGUUGUUGUCCGGAGCGUCGGUCACGUUGUUGUCGUUUCUUGUUGCUGUGAUUACACUGUGCAGAGGAACGAACAGGAUGCACUACCGCACCGUCGCUGUCUUUCUCUUCGCCGCAGUGGUCCUCCAGACGUGUGCUCUCAUUCUUUAUCCAAUCAAGUUUAUCGAGUAUAAAAUGCUGCACACGUACCACGAGUUUAAUUGGGGUUAUGGACUCGGAUGGGGAGCUACCAUUUUCAUGCUGGGCGGGGGGAUCCUGCUCUGCCUCCGGACGGACAUGUACGAAGAUGGAAUGUACUCGAUGUAACACACACACACACACACACACACACACACACACACACACACACACACACACAGAGUGAGCUGUACUGGACACUACAAUUCCCAUAAUUCCUAGAGUGGACAUUUUGAAAUAGACGUGCUACUCCUUUCUUCCUCUGACUUUGACUUUUAAGUGUAAGUCCUUCAUGAUGAGAAUUUCACUGACAGUAAGAGCUGAUGAAAUUUAAUCCAAGACCCGCCCUUUCGACGUAAGCCCCACCCUCAUCGACGCCCAUCUCACUCGGCAAAUCCGGGACGUGUGUUUGGGUCACGUGACAGAUUUCCACUCAUUAGGAGAAUCUUAACCUCUCCAGAUGGACUGUUCUCUUUUUACAGAAGUGUAUUAUACAGAUAUAUAAAUAUAUUUACACUUAUUACUUUGUAUAUUUACUGUGUUGCAUAUCAUUAGAGACAAUAUCCUCUUGCUGAAGUGUUUACGUGUUUACACACACACACACACGCACGCACACACACACACACACACACACACACACACACACACACACACACACACACGCACACGUACAGACGAAUUUGAAGGAUAUAUUUUGUGUUCUGAUGUUUGAUCAUAUGCAGGUUUUUUUGAUGGAUUUGGGGGAGGAGUUACACAGUUAGGAGUUAAUUCUGUAUUUUAUUAAGAAAUCAAUAAAUGCUGCUGUUGAAUAAAUA